UAACAUGCAUGUUUUUGGAAUGCGUGACGAAGCCACAGUACCCGGAGAAAACUCAUGUAAGCAUGGGGGGAACAUGCAAACUAUGAGACCCGAGAUUCAAACCGAGGACCAUGCUCGUCCACCAUGAUGCCCGAUGAAUAUUAGGUAGGACUUUAUUUGGAAGGGCACUAUUAUCCCAAAUAUGUCAACUUAAAAUGAAUACACCGUGGAGAUGUUAAACUAUAAUUUGGGGCCCUCAUCUUGACACAGAAAGACACCAGUGAAACAGUUCUGUCUUAGCUCUUCCACAGAGACAGUCCAAUGAUGAGUGGGAAACAAAUGGUAAUGAGGCACCUGACAUUUAAUACCACACCAUUGCCCCCUGGUGCUUUGUGUAAUAACUGACAACUAACUUUAGGGAAAAACUGCUACAGAUAUUGUAGCCAAAUAAUUUAUAUAUUAUAUUAUAUUAUAUUAUAUUUCAUCAACUUGUGUAGGUAUCCCUAAUGUGGCCGGUGAGUGUAGCUAAAAGCCAUUAUGUGGCAAUUUAAUAAAUAAUGCAUACACUGUACUUGGUAGGAGACUUGACUUCCGAUCAGGCAGUGUAGUUUCAGUUCCCACCUAGCGACGGUGUGGCUGUGAAUGGUUAUCUGUCAUUAUAUCUGUGCUCUGACUGAUAAAGGACACUGCAAAAAAAUCCUUUGAAUUUACUUAAUUCAAACAUGUACAUUGGUUGCACAUGAUUAAAAUGUGUUAAACUAACAUAUAUCAUUUUACUAUUUUCGAGGAAAAGAGGGGGAAAUUACGUCAGUUUACCACAUUUUAAUCAUGUGCAACCGGAAAUAAAGUACUUUUUUUUUUCCAGUGUGUAGUCUGUCUUUUGCUAGAAGCCAGCUGGGAUAAGGUCCAGCUCCCCAUGACUCUGAAUACGAUAAGCAGUUAUAGAAAAUGGAUGGAUAUUUACAUUCAGAAUCCAAUAAUUUUUGUAUAAAUGUAAACAUUUAAUCAACAUGGGAAAGAAAACAAGCUUGUGGGUUUUUUUACAAUCUCAACGUCAGGCACAAAAUGCGGUAGAAUAUCAGAUUUAGUUCAGCCAGUGUCAUAUGUCAGUAGGUUCAGCGCUGCAUGUUGCCUUGCCCACGCUGGGGGAACAACCAGCGCUAAUUAAUGGAAGGAGGGAACCUGUUGAGGUUUCCCUCCUCAGCUUUGCCAUUAAUCACACUUCAUUUGAUGCUGCAAGUUGCAGGACUCAAGCACUUCUCAGCAAAGGAGUGUCGCGGCAAAGAAGCAACGGGAUGUCCAACAACAUGGCCAAGAUUGCGGAUGCCCGAAAGACGGUUGAGCAAUUAAAGCUCGAGGUCAACAUAGAGAGGAUGAUGGUAUCCAGAGCAGCAGCAGAUCUGAUGGCCUAUUGUGAAACUCAUGCCAAAGAUGACCCCCUGGUGACCCCUGUGCCUUCCUCAGAGAACCCCUUUAGAGAGAAGAAAAUAUUCUGUGAGAUACUGUAAACCCGGUGUAGACAUUUAUGGAGCGGCAGUGUAUUUUUAGAUUUCUUUUCAUAUGAUUGCCAUUUAAUAUGAAUGUCUUCAUUUUCAACUGCCUUAGAUGUCUGUUUUGUUGCUGUGUAGGACGCCAAAGAAUUUUAUAUGUUUGAAGAUGAUAAUGAUGGCAAUAAAGACUGCAAAAAUGAGUGCAAAGUUCACUUAAGUAAGCAUGCAUGUACCUGUCUUUCCUUUUACUUCUCCUUCAGCUUGUACAUUAAAUCCAUGCUUCUUCUCUGUGCUUUUUCUCAUCUUGCCUGUAUUUUUUUCCAGCAUGUGCACGCGAAUAACCCAGAUUUUCUUAUCUUACACGCAAGCCACUGUUUGUAUAGUGCAACAAGGUACUAUAACUCACUGCCAUUUGCUUGGUGUUGGGAAUUGAUCCGAUAUAUUGUACAUUAGUUUCGGGAGGUGCCUCACAGUUCAGAGGUUCUGGGUUAGAAUCUUGGCAGCGGCUUUCCUUAUUUUUUUACUGCACAAUAUUUUUCUUUAUUCUUCUGCUUAUUACAGACAUUUGUUUUAUCAGGGCACAUCUCAGUAUCUUUAAAGUAAUUCUAAAUCAGAGAACGUGACUGUGUUUUUUGUUGUUGGAGGAUUAUUCACUAAGCGUUGAAUCAUUGCUUUUGCCCUGACGUCGUGCUCACUUGUGAGGCAUCAUACUUUCUU